ACGAACGUCAACAGGAAGUCCCUGUGUCCAUGUGAAAGAGAAGUGGGAGGAGCCAAAGCGAACAAUCGCUCCAACAUAAGGAUGACGAAGAUGAUGAGUUUGUGUGGAUCUGCAGUGUUUGUGUUUCACAUUCCUGAAAUCUUAAAAUCUUUUUUUAAAGUCAUAAUAACAAAUUCUAGUCUUAAUCUAAAUGCUAUUUAUCUUCCAAGUGUUAGAAUGUUAGAAUAAGGCGCUAAAAACUCAGAACACUCAACAAUGUAGGGAUGAAAACACUGGAUGUAAAUUAAAAAUAUGUUCAUUUUCAUUCAUAUUCAGAUUUUAUUUUUAUAACCAGGCCCAGUUAACGUCCAAAGAAUGCUGCAGAGAUGUUUUUAUGACGUUCAAAAGAGAACCUUCAUAGAACGUUGUGUUACAUUUAUAACCAGAUGGUUAGCGUUUUUUUUUUCUUUUUUUUUUUCUUUAUUUUAUUUUUUAUUUUUUUGUGUCAACCAAAAUAUUUUAUCUUAGACCAUAUAAACAUUCCCAAAGCGGAUGUUUUUAAUGACUUUGAAAGGGAAACUGCACAGAAUUUUGUUUUACAAUGAGCCCUAAAUAAUGAACGUUCCCAGAACACAGGGAUUAUUCUUAUUUAUUUAUUUUUUCAUUUAUUUUUACAGCCACGCGGUGGCGCUGUUGCUCGCCUUUCUGUUUCGCGAAGCAUUUUAUGCAAAUCAUUUGUAUCCUAGGUCUGUGUAUAUUAAUGCGAAUAUCAAUAACGAGCGAAUAACAUGAAUAUAACCGACUGUUUAUGAGACAUUUGUUGUUUCAAUGAGCCAUGGACAGAAAAGAGCAGAGAUCUGCGCAUGUCUGAAUCUCCAAGCCAACUCUUGCCCUUAAAAAUCCGUUUUAUUCGAAGAUAAAAGUGUUAUAACGUCUAUAAAUCACGAGCACACAACAACUGACAGCUGUCAUUAAAGGCUUUAACAGGACAGGCUUUACACACACACACACACACACACACACACACACACACACGGGCUGUAAUCACUCUAAUCUCUGAGUGUUGUGCUCUGUUCUGCUCUCUCAGUAUUUCUCGACACAUGAAGGCCUGGGUUUCAUGUCACACUACUUUCUCACUAUUAUUCAGGUUUUGUAAGUCAGAAACUUUAUGGAUUCUGGAUCCUUCAGAGGAUUACAGGACCUGAUGGAAACACAGCAGAGACAAACCCCGUGCUUGUCCAGCUGCCAUGGCUGCACUGAGGUCCUGUGCUGAGAUGCCCCGAGACAGAGAGUGACGCCCAUCAGAGCUGCAUGAUGGUCUAGCUCCGCCCACUCUCUGUCGGGAUGCUGGCCUCGGUGGUCUCCGGUAAUAACGGAGGGCGAGCGCUGACCCUGAAGGGCGUUGACCCAGAAACAUGUAUGAUCGUCUUCAAAAACCACUGGACACAGGUUCUGAGGAUCCUGGAGAAGCAUGAUCCAGUUCGCGCCAGUGGCGUUGCUCUCCGGUUCGGUCCGAUCCCUGGCGACGAGGCGAGUGCCGUGCAGAACUACGUGGAGCACAUGCUCUUCCUGCUGAUGGAGGAAGAGAGCGGUCAGGGUGGGGCCAUGGGGACCAUCCUGGAGUUCGUGGUGGUGGAGAACGUGAUGGAAAAGCUAUUUCUGUGGAGUCUGCGGCGCGAGUUCACCGACGACAUGAAGCUGGAGCAGCUGCGCAUGUACAAGAUGCUGGUGGCUCAAGCCAAACAACCGCUGCUACACCACAAACCCAUCCUCAAACCUUUGAUGAUGCUGCUGUCUGCUUGCUCCAACUCCUCCACCAUGGGGCCCUCAUCCUCAUGCACCGAGGGGCCCAAAAGCAGCAGCUCUGCCGCAGGGCUCACCUGCGCCAUGGGACCCAACAGCUCUGCGGUGGAGGUGGAGCUGGUGUCUCUGCUGCAUCAGCUGUGCCAUGCACUGGUCAAGGAAGCCUCCGUUCUGGAGCUGUUCUUCCACAGCAGUGAGGAUCAGGGAGCCGCCAACUUCCUACUCUUCUCUCUGCUCAUCCCGUUCAUCCACCGUGACGGAACGGUGGGAGCCCAGGCCAGAGACGCCCUCACCCUCAUCAUGAGCCUCUCUUCUCAGAACGCCCUUGUGGCCAAACACAUCGUGGAGAACACAUACUUCUGCCCGGUGUUGGCCACGGGUCUCAGCGGUCUGUAUUCGGGUCUGCCGGCUAAACUGGAGGUUUACAGCGAGGGCUGGUUCUGUCUGGAGAGACACGACUGGCUGCAGCUUCCAGCGCUGUUACAGUUCCUCAACUCACUGCACUUCUGCAGCACUGUGUGCAAGGUGGCUCACUGCUCUAUCAGAGACCAGCUCCUGGGCUACAUCUACAAUGGUUUUCUCGUUCCUGUCAUGGCUCCUGCGCUUCAUAAGCUGACUCUGGAGGAAGUGAUGACGACGACGGCGUAUCUGGAGCUCUUCCUGCGCAGCAUCUCUGACUCCGCCCUCCUCCAGACCUUCCUCAUCUUCAUCCUCAGAUAUCGCCAUGACAACGUCAGCAUCCUGGACACGCUGGUCAGCAGGAUCAACACGCCGUUUCAGCUCGGUACCGUCUCUCUGGCUCUGUUCCGGACUCUGAUUGGUCUGUAUUGUGAAGAUGUCAUGCUGCAGUUAAUUCUCAGGUAUCUGCUCCCGUGUUCUCACCUGACGCACGCUGAGAGACUGCGGCUGCGAGAGAGAGACUGUUACUCCAUCACUGCAUCUGCGCUGCUGUCGCUCACACCCUCCUUCUUCAUUCCCAAACCCUGCUCUUCUCCACCGCAGACACCCAAACCCGACUACAUCCUCUGGUCAAAGGUCACAGAGGGACUGCUGAGGGGCAACAUGGGAAUGGAGGAUCUGUUCUCAGGUGGAGAUACCGUCGGAUGCUCCCGAAUAAAUGCUUCCGAGCCGCUUAUGCACAAGAACUAUCUUCAGUAUCUGUAUGAUGCGCGCAGAUCCGUCUGUACGACGGUCCAAGCGUGCGACGUGUGGUCGGCUCCGUACGAUGGUCUCAAUCCGUCCCCGGACGAGUAUCAGGACGAAGAUGAGGACGAGCGUCUUCCUCACUCUACUCCACCUCCUCAAACGCCGACUCCUCAUCCGCCUUCGGAAACCAGCUCCACCGGCGACCGCGAGCGAGUCGGGACGCUACUCGAGCUGGAAUGGGACGAUACGUACGACGCCGCGCCUGACAGGGAACCGACGCCCGACGUCCCGGACGAGCCCCCGAAACACAUUCAGGAAAUGCGUAAAAAUGCCAUAAUGCUGAUUAAAGGAUCUUAUAUAGAGGAGUCGGAAUUUCAGGACGACGUGUUGGUUUAUAAUCUGAUCGCGCAAAAAGAUGCUUGCGACGACCGGCGGAUGUUCGUCAAAAACGGCUUGAAUAAAGCAACCCACAAUCACUACAUAAACAACAAUCUGAUGCACACUAAUCGCACACCAAACCAAAACCACGCGGAACAUCCAGAAUCCGAUCCGAUUGUGAACGGACGUGGUUUUGAGGAGCAGACACUGGAAUUAGAGGGCGAUGUUGCGCACCUGGACCACAACUGCAAUGAGAGCAAAACGUCCGAAGCCGCGGGAGACGACUUCAUCUCUCAGUGUCUGGAGCUGAUUCGGGAUCUGGGCGGAGAGGAAGACUCUGUCGUGGAGGAUGAAGAGCAGCUCCAGCGGCUGCAGGAUCUCCUGCAUGGGGACGAGGAAGAGGAGCUGGACUUCAACUGCUUCUGUGAGGAGUGUGAGGGUGAAGACGAUGCAGAUGAAGACCCGAAUAAAGCCGAGAGCAGGAAACAUGGGAUCUCGUUUACAGGGCCGUUCAUCAGCGUCCUGCUGUCCCGUCUGGAGAACAUGCUGGAGAACUCCAUUGAAGUCAACCUGCUGCUUACGGGGAUUUUAGCGCAGCUGGCCACAUAUCCACAACCUCUGCUGCGAGGAUUCAUCCUGAACACCAGACCUGCGUCUCAGACCGGCACACGCUCACUCUAUCAGGUUCUGCUGUCGGUGGCUUGUCAGAUUGAACAAUAUGCAGCGUCCAAUCCAGAUUUCCCUGAGCUGGUCUGUGAAGCCGCUCAGUUCCUGCUGCUCAAAGAUCAGGCUUUAAAAGAGCAAGAGAGAGAAGUCCACCUGCAAGAAAACGCCGGCUGGUUCCUGAAUGGCCACGUCUCGGGUCGUCCACACACACCUCUUCCUCCCUGUCCCAAAAUCCCGCCGCACCUGCGGAACAGAGUGUUCACUACGUUUCUGUUCGCUGAGUUCCUGAAGGAGUUGGCGGCCAUCGCACAAGAGCACUCCAUAUUACCUGAGCGAACUGCGGAGGAGUAACACACCUCACACUCACGAAACGUGAGUUUCCCGUUCAGAUCACAGCUAUAAUCAAAUGCAGACAUCUCUGGACAUUUUCUCAUUAAUUUCUUAUGGACGGUCAGUGAUUUCAAGCAGCCAAUGUGUGUGAACUUUUGUGUUGGGUCAGAUUGACCCACGCUUACAUUUUUAAAGUGCUCGAAAUGGUGGUUAAAACUGUUUAUUUCUUUUUGAAAUUUGGUGAAUAUUUUUCAUUUAAGGGUUAUAAAUGUGCAAGCAAGGUUUCAACACACAGAUGUGUUUUAGAAAAGCUGUACAAAAAUCUUUACAGCUUUUGUGUUGGGUCAAAACUGACCCACACUCUAUUUUACAAACUGUAAAAAAAAAUACCAAAAUACCAGUUAAACUACUUAUUUCUUCUUGAAAUUUGGUGGAUAUUUUUCAUUUAGCAUCAUGCACAUGCAUGCAAAGUUUAGGUACACAGAUGUGUUUUGGAAAGGCUGUGCAUAAAAAUUGUUACUACUUUGUGUUGGGUCAAACUGACCCAAGCUCAAAUUUUCAAACUGCUUGAAAUACUGGUUAAAAUACUUAUUUCUUUUUGACAUUUGGUGGAUAUUUUUCAGUUAGCACCAUGUAUGUGCAUGCAAAAUUUCAGCACAUGGAUUUGUUUUGGAAAGGCUGUACGGAGUUUGUUACAGCUUUUGUGUUGGGGUUAAUUUGACCCACAUAUGUAUUUUAAAUGACUCAAGAUACUGAUUCAACUAUUAAUUUCUUCUUGAAAUUUGGUGUAUGUUUUUCAUUUAGUGUUAUGAAUUUUCAUGCACAUUUUCAGCUCAUGGAUGUAUUUUGGAAAGGCUGUGCUGAGAAUUGUUACUAAUUUUGUGUUGGGUCAAAUUGACCCACCUUCAAAUACUCAAACUGCUCGAAAUACUGCUUAAAAAGUUUAUUUCUUCUUCAAAUUUGGUGAACAUUUUUCUUUUAGGGUCAUGCAUAUGCAUGCAAAGUUUCAGCACACAGAUGCAUUUUGGGAAGGCUGUACAGAGUCUAUUAGGACUUUUGUGUUGGGGUUAUAGCCCCACUGGAUUCUGUGCAAUUUGCCAAAAAUCAACAAUCUGAAAAACAUUAAAGAGGCCGAUAAACAACGGAAGACCAUUGCUGUAGCUUGUCAAAGCCUAAAAUAAAUGAAAUACAUGUGAAUUUAUGAAAUUUAAGACUCAAAGUUUACUCGAAAUUGAAGCUGUUUCUUUAUCUACUGUAGUUGGGUUUCGCAAUCCAAAAAUAAUAAUAAAAUUAAUAAUCUGUCAAAGGUGGUUUUUUGGAUCUCAAUUACUAGUCUCUUGCAGCACUGAAUAAGUAUGAUAAACUCAUUCUACCAUUACGAAGGUUUAAGAAAAGAACAUAACAAUAAAACAUUGGGAUGUACAAAUAGCAAUAAAAACUACUUACACUACACUAAGUCCAAAUAAUAUUAGAUACUGUUUAUACUUGUAGUUAUUUCCUCCUACAAUCCUACAGUGACAAAAACAUAUUUUGUGUCUGUGAAACAUAAAAAUAUCAAAAUAUGGUCAAAUUGUUCACUAACACAAUAGAAACAACACUAUGACCAUCUACAGUAGAGGUGUUCUGUUUUACAUUAAUCUUUAGUGUUUUUAAUAGUUUAUUUUUGACAAAUUGCACGAAAAAACAAUGUGGGUCAAUUUGACGAUCAGUUAUUGAAUACAAAAGGAGGCUUAAACACAAUAGAACUGGUUAAAAAUGACCGAAAACACAUUAGUUGUUAACUUCAUUAGCAAACAGAUGAGCUAAAAGCUAAAAACAUGCACUUGAAGCCACAGAAGAUUUAUUUCUUUAGUUUGGAGGCUCUGGUUUACGGUUUAUGUGAAUUCUGGUACAGUUGCUUUUAAAGCGAUCCGGACUUAGUUUGUGCAAGUGAACCUGCACUGAUGUAUAAUUUGAUGUAUUGAAUGCAUAAAGAGGGUUAAAUGUCUUAUUUCUGUGUCUUUUACGUAGCUCAUUUUUUAGAAACACACAGCACAGUUCAUAGUCUUCAUCAUAAUGCCUCUUUUAAAGGAACAGUUCACCCGGAAAUAAACACAUUUACUCAAAGAGUUUUGGCGAAGAAUCACCACUGGCUUUAAUUUAAAAAAACACAUAUCAAGCACUAAAAUGGACAAAAACGCACAAUAAUAUCAGUCAAUGUGACUGUAUUCCCAAGCACAUUUACAUUUUUGCCUGAACUGUUGCUUUAACUAACAAACUCCUUUUGUCUUUUGUUGAUUUUGACUUGUGUUUUAUAUUAUAUUGGUUGUUAUGUUAUUAUUUGUGUAUAUAGAUGAAUCACUGUAAUUAGUUGUUUUCCAGCCAAUGUAGUAUAUGUGUGUGUGUGAAGCUUCUCAAAACUACAUAACGUUCAGAAAACAGAAACACUAGUGACAUUUAAAGUCAACAUGGCAUUCACAAUACAUUUCACUUCCAUAAUGUGAGCAUUUCUGAGGAUAUCCAAUGAGAAAAUGCAGAUUAUAUGAUGACGUUUUAAAAUGCACGAGUUAUAAACGCCUGAGAGCUCUAGAGCCAAGAUCUGAAGAGAAGACUUUAAUAACUCAAAUGUAACUCAAAAUAACAUGAGCAGGAUUUCAAGCCUUAUUUUGUUGUGCAUUUGUACAUUUGUUAAAACUAAAGGAGAAGAAGCUUUUUGAAAUGUUUUAUGACCUGUUAUGAAGUCAAUGUAAAGUUUUGUACACAGUAUUUUUACAGAUCAAUCAGUCACGAGGUGGACAACAGAAAUAUGGUUUGUUUUUAUUAUGAGCCUUUGUAAUAUUAUUCUGCCCCCUGGUGGUAAAUUAAAACUCCAUUUGUGGUGUAUACAGUA